CUUCGCGGGUGUGGCUUCAAACCAUCAACCUCGACCAGGGGACGGAACGCAUAACGGAGAACCUCAAUCAGGGGACGGAGCACAUAACGGAGAGGAGAACCACCAGGAUAACCACCGUCAGCCUCCUGGCACCGGAGCCCCAACCCUCGGUCUCACAGCUUGACUAAUUUAGAGAGAACUUCAGGGUCAUUUCGUGAGAACUUCGUGCCCGUUUUCGUGCGGACCUGCGCAGACGGCGGCAUCAGGAGAUCGUCACGCUUCAAGCAUCAAGCUUCUUAAAGUUCCGCAAAGUUGUUUGGUUUCCUGACGUGAAGAAGAGCAUCCCUGAUGUCUACUGACGGAACAUGAGUUAAACCUAACCUUAAAGUCUUAAAGCUAAACCGACUUAAAGCUAUAUCAACUAAAAAAAUCACUGCGUUGUUUACCACUGUUCUCCUUUGGUACCAACAUCUGCCUCCACAGCUUCAACCACCAGAGAAGUAAGUUAUUCAGCUCCAGUUGUAGCAGUGAGGACGAAGCCUUUCUGAGUGAAGUUAAGGUUAGGGUUAAGGGCUAGGGUUAAGGGUUAAGGUUAAGAUAAUUUCCUGUGGAGCGGUCCAACCAGCAGCAGUCCUGAAGCGCGCGCUAGGAACCAUGGGUUGCACCGUCAGCCAGGAGGACAAGGCGGCAGCCGAAAGGUCCAAGAUGAUCGACAAGAACCUCCGGGAGGAUGGCGAGAAGGCGGCCCGGGAGGUGAAGCUGCUUCUGCUGGGCGCUGGCGAGUCAGGGAAGAGCACCAUUGUGAAGCAGAUGAAGAUCAUCCAUGAAGACGGCUACUCAGAAGACGAGUGCAAGCAGUACCGCGCGGUGGUCUACAGCAACACCAUCCAGUCCAUCAUGGCCAUCAUCAAGGCCAUGGGCAACCUGAAGAUCAGCUACGAGGACGAGGCCAGGGUGGACGACGCCCGGCAGCUCUUCUCCCUCUCCUCGGGGGCCGAGGAGCAGGGGCUCCUCCCGGAGGAGCUCUCCCACGUCAUCCAGCGGCUGUGGGCCGACGGGGGCGUGCAGGGCUGCUUCACCCGCGCCCGCGAGUACCAGCUCAACGACUCCGCCGCCUACUACCUGAACGACCUGGAGAGAAUAGGUAAGGGGGACUACAUCCCCACCCAGCAGGACGUGCUGAGGACCCGGGUGAAGACCACUGGCAUCGUGGAGACACACUUUACCUUCAAGGACCUGCACUUCAAGAUGUUUGACGUGGGAGGCCAGCGGUCGGAGAGGAAGAAGUGGAUCCACUGCUUCGAGGGCGUGACCGCCAUCAUCUUCUGCGUGGCCAUGAGCGCGUAUGACCUGGUGCUGGCGGAGGACGAGGAGAUGAACCGGAUGCACGAGAGCAUGAAGCUGUUCGACUCCAUCUGCAACAACAAGUGGUUCACGGAGACCUCCAUCAUCCUGUUCCUCAACAAGAAGGACCUGUUUGAGGAGAAGAUCGCCCACAGCCCGCUCACCAUCUGCUUCCCCGAGUACAACGGCCCCAACAAGUACGAGGAGGCGCAGAACUACAUCCAGACCAAGUUCGAGGACCUGAACAAGAAGAAGGACACCAAGGAGAUCUACUCCCACUUCACCUGUGCCACCGACACCAAGAACGUGCAGUUUGUGUUUGACGCCGUCACCGACGUCAUCAUCAAGAACAACCUCAAGGACUGCGGCCUCUUCUGAGGUCUGUGAGGCUCCGGUGACGAGAUGAACACAUGAAUGACUGCACUAUCAAACCACAAUCUCUGCUUUGAUCUGCUUUUUGUAAAGACGCCUGAAAGAC